GUCUUGAGGAGACUGCAAAGCCAACAUUGGAUACAGUCUGGCUGAAAUCAAGAAACAGUACAGAUGACGACAGAAAAUCUAACAACCCGUUUGUGCUUCCAAUGGAUCGUAACAUCUUCAAAAAGAGAGAGAUUGAAUCUGUAAUCAAACAACAAGAGAAGAAGUUCUUCAGCAGCCUGCCGACCCAGAUGAAGAGUACCUACCUGUCCCGACUCAGGUGCCGCUCUGCCCCCAUGAGGAGUGCUGUGGAGGACACAAUCCCAGAACCAGAGAAAUGCAGACGGGAAAAAACGACAUGGGCCACCGUGGUCACUAAAAGUUGCAGUCAAGAGAGGGAGAACAUUAGGGACUACUUGUCUAAACAGCGAGAAAAGUUUAUGCAGCAGUACUCUCUGUCAGUGAAGCAAGACACCAUCAAGAAGCUGGAGAAGGACACGGUGAUAGAGCUUCAGUUGAUCAGACACGCUGAGAAACAUCUGCAACAGGACUCGGCCGCCUUUGAAAAGUUCAUCAAGGAAAACGACCAGAGCUCAGUGGAAGCUGUCAAGUUGGCAGAGAAAGAGACUAUGCUGAAAAUGGAGAAAACAGCAGAAAUUAAAAAAGUAACAGUACAAAUGAUGGCGAUGAAAAGCGACAUCUCAAAGUAUCAAGAAAUACUGAAGGAGUACCAGACCUACAAAACGUUUCUCAUUGCCGUCGGACCCAUGGAGUGGCGUGAGGAACAGAAACGCAAGAGGGAGGACAGGAGAGCAACCAAGCAGAAAGAGAAUACAAACAUUUUCUGUCUUCCUUCAUCGGUCAAAGACGAAAAUAAAAAAGGUCCAGCGUAUGCCAGACGCAAUUCAAGAGUCACAAAAAAUUCUCAGAUAAGACAUCAAAGCAAAAGUGGCAAAGUCAGCAGCAUACUUCACCACCAGGAGAGACAGGGGUCCACCAUCCCUGAGGUGCCAGAGACCGCAGAGACCUCAGACAGUGACGAGGAGCCAGAGUUGUGUUACUCCAACCCCAGGGACAUGCUGAAUUUGCUGACUGAUCUGGAGGAGCAGAACCUGUCCUACAUCCAGAACUUCCAGGAGACAGAGGAGGUCAUGGAUGAGAUCCGCAAAACCAUCCAGUUGACGCAGGAAAGAAUGAACAGUGAGGCCCGGAUCCUGCUGCAGCAGGUAGACAUCCUGAAGAACACCAUCCAGAGGGAGGAGGAGAAGACCUCAGAGCUGGAGCUCAAGUCCAGGAUCUUCUCCUACGGAGAGUACAGAGCUGACAAACAGGACGUGAUGCUCAAUGUGCUGCACAAGAAGGUGAAGGAAGUGUACAAGGUGUGUGUGGGAGAGGUGGACUCCAAUAUCAGCACUCUUCACAUGCUUGCCAACAUCGAGAGCAGAAUGCAGGACGUUAUGGACCGACUGGAGACGCUGCCCCCGGACAACAUUGACACCGUCCGCACCCAGCGGGAGAAGGAGAAGAGGCUCAAGAUGCGUGAGGAGAAGCUGUUGAUGAAGAAACACCACCAAGAGGAGAGACUCCGAAUGGCUCUGGAGAGAGCCACCUCUGACAGCAAGAAGAGGACGGGCAGAAGGCUGAUGCCGCGAUCGGAGCCAUCGGAGAUCAAGAAGAAGGACAAGACACAUGCGUUGACCACUAGAGAGCAAGAAGACGCCUUGUACUUCUUUGCCUGAUUAUUUUAAACCAUCAGUAUUCACAGGCCAUAUAAGACAGUGACUGAUUUUAAAUGAGCUUUUGUAUACAGUACCGAUCAACAGUUUGGACCUGCCUACUCAUUCAAUGAUUUUUCUUGUUUAAAA